AUGCCGGGAUCCUGCGCAAAGCAUGGCAACUUUUCGGGCAACAGCUGCACCUUCUGUGUCGUGAUAGACAAGCCCAUCAAAAAAUCGGGCAGCACCAAGCAUCGCCGCGACGUCAGGGGCGGCGACAGCUCCUCGAUCAUGUCGCAGGGCGGGUGGUGCGCCGUCCACCAGCUGACUUAUAGCGGGAAAUGCUGCACCUUUUGCAUCAACGCCACGUACAGCCCUGAAGACCUGAACCUGCCUAACCCCGAGGUUGCCCUGGCUGCCGUAAAGCAACAGGAUCACCUCGAAGGCCUCCGCCAUCCCAGCAUGAUGAACUAA